AUGUAUGCCAAGCAGCUCCUCGCGGCCCUUUUCGUGGCCGGCGUGCGCGCCGAAGCCGCGGCGCAGUGCACGUCAGACCUACAGAUUGACAACUUUGCCAACUUUGCCAGCCUGAGCAACAGCCUGAACCAACCGGCGAGUGAUGACCAGAGCAUGGCGUCCAUCGCGGCGUCCGGCGGCAUCCUGCAGUUCACGCCCAGGGACGCCAACUCGUACUUUUACGAGACCUUCCCGUGCCAGAAGGCGCAGUCGUCGGGGUACGGCGGCCUGCAGUUCACGCUGACGUACCCGGCGGGCACGGACUUUACGCUGGAGCUGCAGACGGUGCCGGCGGCGUCGGGAGGCUGCAGCUCGUCCAACUACACGAGCGAGUGGUUUGAGAUUUCGGGCCUGACGGGGACGCAGCAGGUGGUGACGCUGGACCUGGGCGUCUACGAGGCGUCGAACCUGGACGCGAUUACGGGGCUGGUGUUUGCCAGCUUCAGCAAGGUUGGGGCCUACACGCUGAGCGAUCUCAAGUUUGUGUGCCGCAACCUUGAGGCGCGGGCGGUCCAAGAGCCACCCGAUUUGAAGCCUAGUUCUGCACAGGCGCCGGCGACGCCCUCCGUUCAGGACGUGCCCGGGCUCUUUGACAGGAGCCGCACGGCGUCGCCGGUGGACGGGCCGUCCACGUUUGUUUCUCGUGUUUUGUCGCAGUCUGUUUCGCCUGUUUCGCCUGUUUCGCCUGUUUCGAUCGUUCCCGUUUCGUCUCCUUCUCGUGUCUCCUAUGCCGCCCUCACAUACCCUGCGGCGGCCUCUUCAACAGCGGCCGCCGUGCCCCCCGACGCGCACCGGCUUGAACGGCUUCGCCGGGCCGGCGCGGGCGACAACCGCAGCCCUGCCCACCCCCACACCUCCAAGAUCCCCAAAACCACCAUCACCGCCAUCGCCACGACAACGCGCAGGCCCGUGAUCAGCUCGACCACGUACCGGCCCAAGCCGACGUCGGCCGACGCGUGCACCGACCUGCUGAUCGACGACUGGGAGUCGCAGUCGCGGCUGACGUUUCUGUACUACAACUCCAUGUACCAGCCGUCGAGCGACGACGGCACGAUGAAGUCGAUUGUGGUCAACAACGACAACACGGUGUCGAUUGCGCCGGUCAGCACGGACUCGUACCUGUACAGCCAGAUGCCGUGCGUGGACACGGUGGGCGCGUACGGCGGCGUGUCGCUCCGGAUCAAGGCGGCGCGCGGCACGCAGUUCUCGGUGCAGCUGUCGUCGGUCGACGUGUGCGGCAGCGGCAACUACACGCAGCAGCAGACGCUGUCGACGGCCGACCUGGGCUGGACGUUUGACGGCAGCCUGCGCGCGUACUCGUUCCCGCUCAGCAAGUUUGGCCGCGUCGACCCCGCCAAGGUGUCCAUGAUCUACUUCUCGUCCCUGACGGCGCCCAUCACGCUGGGGCCGAUGGCGUUUUACUGCGGCACGCGCGUGUCCGAGAUCCCGGCGCCGGCGCACCCCGUCAACCCGCAGUCGCAGUACUCGGUGCCGGCGCCGGCGGAGACGGGGUCCGCGCACACGUCGCUGCUGAUUGACCACUUCGGCAGCGAGGACAGCAACGCGCUGGGGCAGUGGCACGGCUGCGACGAGGACUGCGUGACGUCGGUCAUCCAGGCCAACACGGUGCGGCUGCAGACCAACGACUCGGACCUCGCGUGGUACUCGUCGCUGGCGGACAAGUGCGCGGACAUCACGGCGUUCAAGGACGCGUACCUGCACAUUCCGUACAGCGGCAGCAACAAGUUCUCCAUCUCGCUGCAGCAGGCCAACGCGGACUGCAACCCGGACGCGGCGCCGUACCCGGAGACGUGGGACUCGCUCGAGGCCAGCCGGUACGCGACGGACACGGACAUCUACAUCCCCAUCGCGCACUUCAACGUGGACCUGAGCCGGGUCACGACGUUCGCCUUCAAGGGCUUCUACACGCUCGCGCCGACGACGCUCAAGCGCAUCGAGAUCGUGCCGUCGGUGCCGGCGGACGUGACGAUCCCCAACAAGCUGCCGUCGGGCAACCUCGUGUUUGCGUGCAAGCGGCCCAACUCGUUUGCGUUUGCCAUUGACGACGGCGACCCGGUGCUCGCGCAGCAGGUCGUCGAGAUUGUCAAGUCGGAGAACAUCAACGUCACCUUCUUCACCGUCGGCCUGCCGCUCGAGGACCCGUCGACGAACCUGUCGACCGUCUACCUCGACAUGCAGGCGCGCGGCCACCAGAUUGCGCUGCACUCGUUUACGCACCCCAAGAUGGAGGGCCUCGCCGACUACGCGGCCAUCGACUGGGAGUACAACAACGACAUCGCCGCCGUCUCCAAGACGUUCAACGGCAUGCACACGCCCUACUUCCGGCCGCCGUUUGGCACCGAGGGCGCGCGCAUGCGCCAGCGGCUGGCGCUCGCGCUCAACGUGACGGACCCCUACAUUGUCAUGUGGAGCGUCGACGUCGAGGACUGGCUCUGGGGCCUGUCGUCGACGCCCGAGAAGCAGCUCGACGCCUUCAAGCGCGACCUGGGCAACGGCGGCAACCUCGUCGUCAUGCACUACCUGUACCCCAACACCGUCAAGUACCUGCGCCAGUUUAUCCAGCUGGCCAAGGCCACGGGCAAGCAGCUCAUGCGGGUGGACCAGUGCAUGAUGGAUCCGCGGGCGCCUCCAUUGUAG